CCUUCUCUAUACUCAUCGGUCUUGUCAGCAUUCUUCUUACUCUUACCUCCACCUGGGACAACCAUGACACAGGAAGUAGGUCUCUUGGUAGCACCUGCGGAGCCCAAGUCUUCCUUGGAUGGGAUGAAUACGAAUGGAACAGCAGUGUCUUCACACAAAACUGGGAUGUGGGAAAUGACAUCGGCAGGGGAGAUGUCACCAGCAAUGAUAACCAAUCCCUUUUCACCCUUUCUCAAGGCCUUGACCACUUCCUUCACACCUCUCUUGACAUGCUUGGCCUUGGAGGCUUUCUUGACGGUCUUCAACACCUUCUUGUUUAACUUCUUUGGAGCAAGUGGCUUGGCAAACGGUAAGACCGCGCUCAAUCUCUUCUCGUAG